AGGUGACGACGGCGGGGGGGCCUGUUUUUUGUCGAACAGGUGCGAGGGAAGCAAAGAGAGCAGGUGUGCCCAACACUCCUCCUCGUCUGCUCGCCGUUUACUCUUUUAUGCCCCGCCGCCGCCAUCUUCCAUCAUUUGGGGAGGCCAUUGCCCCUUUACACGCACUCGCUGGUGUCACGACCCAGCUGAACCCCCCCCCCCCCCCCCCCCCCCCGCGAUCCAUCCGACACCAAAGGAUUAUUUUUUUGCUUCCGUUGCGCCUCAACACCGAAAUCCUUCGGAUUCCUUCAGUGUGACCCAAGCACAGCGCGCCUGCGCCCGCCCAGCUAACAAGUGACACGCCGCGCAGCCCCGUGGCUCCCCCCAAGGCCGACCCCCACCCCCCUUGGCUGAAGCGCUCCAAAGCCUGCAGGUCUCAGAUCUUGGUGCCAGGUCUCCCACCCCUCCCCUCUUUUUCUCCCGCUGCAGCGCUUCUGAUUACCGUCUUCAUUCCUUCUGUGGUGGUACAGGCAGCCAGCAGACCAUUCUCCAUGAGGAGCAGUAGAAGAUGCCGGCUCUGCCAGCACUGCUGCUGUCAAUACACUUCCUGUUGUUCCUGCUGCUAGCCAAUAUGCCGCCACGCUCGCUGUGUCAGACUCCCGUACUCUCUGCCGUCCGCAUGGCGGCCAUUUUGGAUGACCAGUCUGUGUGUGGGCGCGGCGAGCGUCUGGCGCUGUCACUGGCCAGGGAAAACAUCAACAGCCUGAUGGAGGUCCCGGCCCGAGCUCGAGUGGAGGUGGACAUCUACGAGCUACAGAAAGAUUCCCAGUAUGACACCACUGACACGAUGUGUCAGAUUCUACCCAAAGGUGUUGUUUCGGUGAUAGGCCCUGCGUCCAGCCCCGCCUCUGGCUCCACUGUUAGUCACAUAUGCGGCGAGAAAGAGAUCCCACACGUGAAGAUCGGUCCGGAGGAGACGCCCCGCCUGCCGUACCUUCGCUUUGCCUCCGUCACCUUGUACCCCAGCAACGAGGACCUGAGCCUGGCCAUCGGGGCUAUCCUGCGCUCCUUCAGCUACCCCUCGGCCAGCCUUGUCUGUGCCAAAGCCGAAUGCUUGCUGAGAUUGGAGGAACUGGUGCGGCGCUUCCUCAUCUCCCGCGAGACGCUGUCAGUCAGGAUGCUGGAUGACAACCUGGACCCGACCCCGCUGCUGAAGGAGAUCCGCGACGACAAAGUCGCCACCAUCAUCAUCGACGCCAACGCCUCCCUCUCCUACCUCAUCCUCAAGAAGGCGUCAGAGCUGGGGAUGACAUCACCGUUCUACAAGUACAUCCUCACCACCAUGGACUUUCCUCUCAUGAGGCUGGACGACAUCGUGGACGAACAGUCCAACGUGGUGGGCUUCUCCAUGUUCAACACCACCCAUCCCUUCUACCUGGAGUUCAUCCGCAGCCUCAACCUGUCGUGGAACGAGGGCUGCCACCUGUCCUACCCCGGCCCAGCGCUGUCGUCAGCGCUGAUGUUUGAUGCGGUGCACGUGGUGGUGGGGGCGGUGAGAGAACUCAACCGCAGCCAGGAAAUCGGCGUGAAGCCGCUCAGCUGCACCUCGCCUCAGAUCUGGCAACACGGGACCAGUCUUAUGAACUACCUGCGCAUGGUGGAGUACGACGGCCUGACGGGGCACGUGGAGUUCAACAGCAAAGGUCAGAGGACCAACUAUACCCUGCGGAUCCUGGAGAAACACCGAGGAGGCCACAAGGAGAUUGGCAUCUGGUACUCCAACAACACCCUAGCGAUGAACUCCACCAGCCUGGAUAUUAACGUGUCGGAGACGCUCGCCAACAAGACCCUCAUCGUCACCACCAUUCUGGAAAACCCGUAUGUGAUGCGCAAGGACAACUACCAGGACUUCCAGGGCAACGACCAGUAUGAGGGCUUCUGCGUGGACAUGUUGAGGGAACUGGCGGACAUCCUCAAGUUCUCCUUCAAGCUCAAGCUGGUGGACGACGGGCUGUACGGCGCCCCCGAGCCCAACGGCUCCUGGACGGGCAUGGUGGGGGAGCUUAUAAACAGGAAAGCCGACCUGGCCGUGGCGGGCUUCACCAUCACGUCGGAGCGCGAGAAGGUGAUCGACUUCUCCAAGCCCUUUAUGACCUUGGGGAUCAGCAUCCUGUACAGGGUUCACCUGGGUCGUAAGCCAGGUUACUUCUCCUUCCUGGACCCUUUCUCGCCGGCCGUAUGGCUCUUCAUGCUGCUCGCCUACCUGGCUGUGAGCUGCGUACUCUUCCUGGCUGCAAGGCUGAGCCCUUACGAGUGGUACAACCCUCACCCGUGUCUGCGAGAGCGCCGGGACAUGCUGGAGAACCAGUACACGUUGGGCAACAGCUUGUGGUUCCCCGUCGGCGGAUUCAUGCAGCAGGGAUCCGAAAUCAUGCCCAGGGCCUUGUCCACCAGAUGCGUCAGUGGAGUGUGGUGGGCGUUCACCCUCAUCAUCAUCUCGUCCUACACGGCCAACCUGGCCGCUUUCCUGACCGUGCAGAGGAUGGAGGCCCCCAUCGAGUCCCCCGACGACUUGGCCGACCAGACCAACAUCGAGUACGGGACCAUCCACGGCGGGAGCACCAUGACUUUCUUCAUGAACUCUCGCUACCAGACGUACCAGCGCAUGUGGAACUACAUGAACUCCAAGCAGCCCAGCGUGUUCGUCAAGAGCACGGAGGAGGGCAUCGCCCGCGUGGUCAAUUCCAAAUACGCCUUCCUGAUGGAGAGCACAAUGAACGAGUACCACCGCGGCCUCAAUUGCAACCUGACUCAGAUCGGAGGCCUGCUGGACACCAAGGGAUACGGCAUCGGCAUGCCGCUGGGUUCGCCCUUUCGAGACGAGAUCACGCUGGCCAUCCUCCAGCUGCAGGAGAACAACAGGCUGGAGAUCCUGAAGAGGAGGUGGUGGGAGGGGGGGCAGUGUCCCAAAGAGGAGGACCACCGGGCCAAAGGUCUGGGCAUGGAGAACAUUGGGGGCAUCUUUGUGGUGCUCAUCUGCGGCCUGAUCAUCGCCGUAUUUGUGGCCAUUAUGGAGUUUGUAUGGUCGACGCGCCGCUCGGCAGAGACCGAUGAGGUAUGCCCCCAUACCUGUCCUCGUCGAACCCGCAGACACACCCCAGUGUCUGUCUGUCAGGAGAUGAUCACCGAGUUCCGAAACGCCAUUUCCUGUAAGAAGAGUGCCCGCCUUCGCCGCCGCCGCCCGCACAGCAGCUCGGCGGCGGCACUGCGCCACCCCAACCGCAUCGCCCUGGGGGCCCCGCGGCCCUUGCGCCUGGUCCGAGAGAUGCGCCUGAGCAACGGCAAACUCUACAGCGGAGCCGGCCCCCUCACCGGCGGAGCCGGAGGAGGCGGCGCGGGGCCGCCCGAUUUAGGCCCGGGUCCCCAGCGGCUCCUCGAAGAUCCCCUCGGAGCCAACGCCACCCCGCCUCCACCGGCGCCCACCCCGGUGAUGCUGCCCAGCCGUAGUUGCAGCCACGUGAGGAUCUGCCAGGAGUGCCGCCGCAUCCAGAGCCUGAGAUCGGACAGCAGUUUGGGUUCGACCAUCACGAGGAUACCGCCGUCGUCGGCGCCCCUGCCGCGGCUGGCCCCGCCGCCGCCGCCGCCGUCUUCCUCCAACACGGACAGCGAGGGCGGAGGGGGUCCCAGUCCCAGGCGGCUGCACAGUCCCCCGCACCACACGGCCAGGCCCAUGCCGCUUCAACAGAACCUGAACAAAGCGGACUUACUGGGGGACCAGGCCUAAGAGUGGAACUGAGGUACUGCUUGAUCCGGAAACGAGGAGUGUGGGGGUAGGGGGUGGGAUCAUAAUUAAAAAAAAGGAUGGGUAGAUCAAGGAAUUAAAAAAAAAAACAUACAAGCUGGAUACAGAAACACAGAAAUUUGAACCCACUGUCCGGGUGAUCUUGAAGCCUGCCUCGCAUGCGCUUUUGAAUACUUCCAUUUGGACAAAAACGGAAGCAAGAGCUCAUGGCCAGACCUUGCUUUUGACUCUUUCCUUUCUUUUGCGUGAGCGAGGCAAUUUUUCCUUUUUUUUUUUUUUUCUUUGCAGACACUUCUCAGAAGCUAAACAAUCCCGCUCGCUGGAGGACGUGUUGUACCUGUAUGCCGUUUUAAACCAACCCAAAAGACUUCCUAAGGAUUAUUACAUGUUUUCUUCUUUUUUUGGUCUUGUUUUUGUUACCAUUUGUUCAAAGUGGGAGUUCAAUGAAAAAACCUUUCUGUGACAAUUGCGGUGGAUUACGACGACGAGAAACCUGACGGCGGCCUCAUUGUGUUUGCGAGUUUUGUGUCCCUCCCUUUGUGGCGAUUUGGAUGAAUGGAAGUCAGCAUUGUGCAAAGAAUUGCGCCGUCGUUCGUCCUUUUCGUAAUUCGUGUGUGUGAGGAUUCAAAGUGCGCAGAAGCACAGCACCCUUCUAUUACAGUCUUGCGGGAGGCUUUCACGUGGGAAAUGAAUGUCCCUCGUUAUACCCAGGAGAUAGAAGGUAUGGCAGAAAGAAGCUUUGAAAAAAAUAUAUGUAAAAAAAAAUGUGAAGAGUUUAUUCUCUGUGAUUAAAUGGGUCCUGAUCCUUUAAUUCUGGGCAUCUUUUUAAAGGGGUUUGUUAAUGCGCCAGCAAGCUGUGACUGCAGCUACAGACUUGGCUGUCCGGCACGAAGGCCUUGUGCCAGAAUGAUAGACUCGACACAGCCUCGUCAAUACGGUCUCAAGCUUUUGAUUGCCUAAUUACUCCCCUCGCCUGGCCGCUUUUUGAACGGAGCGCUUUUACCGAUGACGGGACCGAGAGGAAAUACAUGUUUUGGCUUGGGUAAAAUGCCAAUCUCUUUCCCACUCUCUCUCUCUCUUUCUUUUUUUUUUUUUUAAAUCGCAAGUCAUUAAUGUUAAGCGGUGCUGUCGUUUCGAGCAAAACACUCAAGCGGUCGAUGCGCUUGAAAGUUUGCGACGCCGACAUGAACACUCGGUCGAUGGUUCAAAGCAGAACGUCGUCUUUUUCUCCAAUCCAGACCAUGAAAAUCCAUUUGCUUGGCUUGACUUUCACUCGCG